GCCAAGACAAGGGCAGUUCCUGCCAGUGAGUGGCCAGGAAAUUUGUGGGUUUUGGGUUGUAGCUUCUAGCUACAUACUUAUACGACAGGAUGACACAGCUGAGCUUGUCCUGGCUGGAUCUGGGGCCGGUGGCAGCCUCUCCUUGGUUGCUCCUGAUGCUGUUGGGGGUCUUCUGGCUCCUGACCCGAAUUUUGACCUGGACCUAUGCCUUCUAUGAAAACCUUCAGCACCUCCGAUGUUUCCCUCAGCCCCCCAAACGGAACUGGUUCUUGGGUCAGUUGGGGCAGGUGCCUCCCACGGAGCAAGGUUUGAAGUUCGUGGCUCAGACGGUGCGCACCUACCCCCAAGGCUUUUUGAUGUGGUUUGGCCCCAUCCUCCCCGUGGUCACUUUGUGCCACCCUGACGCGCUCCGAUUUGUCCUCAACGCCUCAGUUGAGGUUGCGGUCAAAGACUUCUUCUAUGGCUUCCUGAAACCAUGGGUGGGGGAUGGGCUUUUGGUGAGUGCUGGUGACAAGUGGAGCCGCCACCGUCGCAUGCUGACACCCGCCUUCCAUUUCAACAUCCUGAAGCCCUAUGUGAAGAUUUUCAGUGACAGCACAAAAGUAAUGCAUGCUAAGUGGCAGCGCCUGGUCUCCCAGGGCAGCACCUGUCUGGACAUGUUUGAGCACAUCAGCCUGAUGACCCUGGACAGUCUGCAGAAAUGCGUGUUCAGCUUUGACAGCAACUGUCAGGAGAAGCCCAGCGAAUAUAUUGCCGCCAUUUUGGAGCUCAGUGCCCUUGUGUCAAAAAGGGUUGAUCAGAUCCUUUUGCACAAGGACUUCCUGUACCGUCUCACCCAUGAUGGACAGCGAUUCUGGAAGGCCUGCCGCCUGGUGCACGACUUCACAGAUGCUGUCAUCCAGGAGCGGCGUCACAUCCUGCUCAGCCAAGGAAUUGAUGACUUCCUCAAAGCCAAAGCCAAAGCCAAAACUUUGGACUUCAUUGAUGUGCUUCUGCUGAGCAAGGAUGAAGAUGGAAAGGAGCUGUCAGAUGAGGACAUACGAGCAGAGGCUGACACCUUCAUGUUUGAGGGCCAUGACACCACGGCCAGUGGUCUCUCCUGGAUCCUGUACAACCUGGCGAGGCACCCGGAAUACCAGGAGCGCUGCCGGCAGGAGGUGCGAGAGCUCCUGAGGGGGCGUGAGCCUGAAGAGAUUGAAUGGGACGACCUGGCCCAGCUGCCCUUCCUGACCAUGUGCAUCAAGGAGAGUCUGCGGCUGCACCCCCCAGUCACUGCCGUCUCCCGCUGCUGCACGCAGGACGUUGUGCUCCCCGAUGGCCGGGUCAUCCCCAAAGGUGUUAACUGCUUCAUCAGUAUUUUUGGGACCCAUCACAACCCAGCUGUGUGGCCGGACCCUGAGGUCUAUGACCCCUUCCGCUUUGACCCAGAAAACAUCAAGGACAGGUCACCUCUGGCCUUCAUUCCUUUCUCCGCGGGGCCCAGGAACUGCAUCGGGCAGACCUUCGCCAUGGCCGAGAUGAAGGUGGUGCUGGCGCUGACUCUGCUGCGCUUCCGCGUCCUGCCCGACGACGCCGAGCCGCUCAGGAAGCCGGAGCUGAUCCUGCGCGCAGAGGGCGGGCUUUGGCUGCGGGUGGAGCCGCUGAGCAAAGGCUUGUAGGGAGCUCCUCAGCCUGGCCUGGGACCCAGCUGGCCCCACCCACCCUCCUUUGCAGACUCUCAGGAAUAAACUGUGCUGCCACCUG